GCGCCGCCAGCAACGAUGUCUGCAUGUAUUUUAUUUUGCUCGAACGAACCGUGACUUAAAUCAUAAUACGAGUAAAAAAACGCGAUCGAUACACGAUAACUCAGCGAAAAAAGUACUAUUUACGCGGGGAUUUUUUUUUUUUUUGAGCUGGCGCGUUAUACGGCAUACCGUAAUAUCAUAAUAACAUAAAAAGUCGUAACGAUAUCGACGAAAUCCCGUUUCACCGGUAUCAACAAUGUAGUCAUAGUGAUGUGAAUGUUGACAACUGACAUUAAUAACUAAAUAAUAAUUUAUCUAAUGUUGAAUUUAUAUAUUUUACUAAAACUGUUAGAAGUGUAGCUGUAGAUGUUAUAAAAAUUGUUAAGCGCAUAAGCGACAAUAAUUUACUCAAUAGUUAGGUAGAAGACGUCAUUAAAAAUGGGGAAUGGAAUGAAUAAGGUGCUUCCCGGGCUUUAUGUGGGCAAUUACAGAGACUCAAAGGAUCCAGUACAAUUAGAUAAAUAUAAAAUUACGCACAUUUUGUCUAUUCACGACGCUGCAAGGAGAAUACACUCUGACAAACAUUAUUUAUGUAUAAUGGCAUCGGAUUCGCCGGAUCAGAAUCUGACCCAAUACUUCAGUUUGUGCAACGAUUUUAUUCACGCAGCGAGACUUCGGGACGGAAAUGUUUUAAUUCAUUGUUUAGCAGGAAUGUCGCGAAGCGUGACCGUGGCGGUGGCGUAUAUUAUGUCGGUAACGCCUCUCUCGUGGCGUGAAGCCUUGAAGGUGGUGAGAGCUGGCCGCGCAGUGGCGAACCCUAACCUAGGCUUUCUUCGACAGCUGCAGGACUUCGAGACUUAUAAACUUGUCGAAGAGAGGAGGCGUCUAAAAGAACGAUACCCGUCCCUAGCCCUAGCUGACAGCGAUAUAGCGGAGUGCCGCGUUAUGCUCGAUUCAUAUCAGACAAUGCUGAGCCAACGGACGAUCUGCGAGGGCAAGUGCGCCAUGGGCAGACAGUGCCCGACAGGUGUAUGUAGGACUGGCUCCAAGAGGCAGCCCCGCCCCCGCAGACCAUCGACUACGUCUGGCGCGGGAGACUCCUCGGGUUUGAAGCGCUCGCCUUCCACACUGUCCACAGCUUCCACUGCGUCUGGCUACCGGCCGCGGUCGUCUCCCGCUGGGCUUUAUAGCUACACUGGUGUGCCAUCCCGGCCGAGCCGCUCCGUGUCCGGACUGAGCGUGACACGCGUGACGGACCCGGUGGGCGGCGGCACGGCAAUGGCGGUGGGCGGUACGGAGUACUCGCGACGCCGCGCCGCGUCCGCGCCCGCUACGCCCGCGCUCUCUCCCGCCGCCUCGCCGCCGGGGUCGCCACACCGAACGCCGCAUAGAGGUGGAUGUGCUUGGACGAUACCAACAGUGCAAUGGAAUCCAAAAUCUUUGUAACGAUCAUCACUUCAUAGCAUCACUUCUUCAUCCAUCUCGAGCAUUACAGAGGUGUUCGUAGCACCGCACCGCGCCGCACACACGACUCAUCCGGCCAUUAUAGCUUGUAUUUUCUUCUCAGAAUUAUCUUUAUGCCUUCCUUUGAAAGCGAUUGUUUUUUCCUAGUUUAUGAAUAAAAUUGAAACGAAGAAAAUUACUUGAUGAAUAGUAAACUUUUCAAUUGAUGCACAAUUAUGAUCGUGUAUGUGUGAAGAAGAAUUUAUUGAUGGGUGACUAGGUUAUUUCAUAUUUGGAGUAGGUAGGAUGGACAUUGGAUAAUGUUUGUGAAGUACCAAAAAUGAUUAGUAGGUAGGUAUACGCAAUACUGAUUAGUUUAUGAAAUUACAUACUUUCAUAAACUAACACCUAAAAAGAGUAAAAUUAUGUGUCUACUGGGUAAACCUAGUACUGAAAUCGAGUGACUCUUUCAUUCGAAAAGUGAAAUAUUUUUAACGUAAAUAAAUAAGUCGCAAUUUGCGAUUGUUAAACAGGAGGCGGAUUUACUUGCACAUUACUGAAUAAUGCAUUUUUUUCAUUACUUACCAUUGCCCAUGAGGCUAUAUGAAUAAAUAAUUUAUCUGAGAAAUAUUGUUUAGAUUUAUUUAAUUCAUUAUAAAUUGCAUAUUGUAUAUAUAUCUAUGUUCUUAAUCUGGUUACUUUGCGAUUUAUUUUACCUAAAAGCAUUACCAAAAUAUUAAUAGGUACGUACUUCAAAACAAGUAGGUUCCUUACUGCGUUACCUACCCUUUACCUAAGCAUAGGGAUUUGAAGUGAAGUUAAAACGAAUCUUUUUCUUGUGAUCGUGAUAAAUCGUAAUGUUAUAGAAAAUUUACUUCGAAUUACGUAAAUGAUUAAACGCAAAGAUCUCGUUACAUUGAAAUUGUCUUAAGUUUUUGUAGGUAUAAUUAAGGUAAUUCUCUACUAUUUCGAUCUUUCCACUUCCUACUUCUACUUAUUAAUCUGUAAAAUAACUAUAAAUAGCAGAACAUAGAAUAUUAUUUAUGUCGAUUUUGCUUGAAGUUGGCGCCAAAACUGCGAUCAAUUCUGCAUUUACAUUUUCAUUCUUUAGAUGCUAAUAUUUCUAAUAUAAUAUGGGCAAAAUCAAUUGUAUUUUUAUACGUCUACUAUAUAUUUGCGGUAGAAAAAUCAUUAGUUUUGGCGCGAACUAAACGAAGGCAGUUUGUGUAAUACAGCAUGAUGCUAAAUGAAAUUGUCAAAAGGUUAAAGUUUAUUAUAACGUUAUAACAAUAGUAAUCUUGAUAGCGGUAAAUUAUUUGAUUUCAAUUUAACAGGAUUUUGAAAUAGGUUUAAUAAAUUCAAUUUAUCGGAAAGAAAUAUGGGUAGAUUAUAAAGGCGAUGAUGUAAACGACGAAACGAAACAUGUUUUGUUUCGUUCGUCGUUAUAAAACGGUAUGAUUUCAAUUCACAUCAUGCUAUAUCAGACGAACUGCAGUAUAUGGAUUAAAUACAAAAACUACUAAUAGGUAUGUCUUUGCUCAAACAGUAGGUCAAUAUUUGGCGCGUAUCUUUAAGCUAUUGGUAGAUUUAAAGCAAUACAUUAAUGAAUUGCACUUUUUCUCUAUAUGUAGAAAUAUGAAUGACGAUAUAUUUAUAACAAACAACGAAAGAUAUUCGAUCAAGGAAAUAUGCCGAAAAUUUUCUUACAGGUAAAUUGCGAAGGAUUGGUAUUUUUCAACUAUUUAAUAUAAGGUAUACGGACUGAAGGUUGAAUACAUGUUUAAAUUGUGAAAAUACAUUGGUUUGUUAGUGAAAAAGUAAAUUAAUCGUGGACUCACAUAGAUUUAAUUAAAAUUUAUUAAGGAUCUAAUUAAAUAUCAUCUUUCACGGUAGUCCCACAAACUACCUAGGUACAUUAUCCUUUGUAUCGUAUAAGACUAUAUGAAUUCGAUGCGAUACAUUUCAUUCUGAAUCCAGCGUAAUAUCGCAGAUAACAUUAAAUUAUUUGUUCGUAUCAUUGAAACUGUGGAGCUGUUGUGCACAAUCGAGUAAUUUAUUUUUCACUUGACGACAUUAUUAACAGUCUGUUUAGAACAGCAAAAGAAAAGCUUUACCUUUGGAAAGAUUUGGGGCUUGGUCUUAUAAGACAUACUUGGUCUUAUCACAGACAGAGAUGGGUCUAUACAUAACUUUGUUGCUCUCUGUCUCACGAUGUAUUGAAUGGCAGAAGCUUCUUAACAUUCUGCAACUUUAUUCUGUGGAAUUUGAGCGUGUACCUCCUAAAGUUGUGACAAAGAAUAAUAAGUUGUGAAUUAUUGCAUAUCUUUUCCCUCUUUCUCUCAAUAGAAUAGUUUAGAUUAAGGACAACGGUGAUUUAGAUGCCUUUACAUUGUGCGCACAGAGUGUCUUUCUUGAACGGUUUUAAACCGUUGUGAAUAGACUUCAUUACGCUUUAGACGACGUAGGUAUAAAUUCAUAUAAGAAUGUAACCAAUCACAAGCGCUAGCUCUAACAUUUCCUAUAUGUAGCUUUUCUUCGUAGCGCAACUCCAUGUUUAUUCUCACAAAUUACUCUGUGAUAUAGUUCUAAUAAGUGAA